GAUGAAUUGAUAAAGCUGUCUUAGUGUGGUGUAAGAAAAUCAUAAAUUUUAAACCAUUAAGAACCAAAAGAAUUGUUCUUGGAAAAAAAAUCAGGUACGUGAGGUCCAAAAAACGAACUCUAACGAUGUUAAUCAGCCGAUAUUUAUGACAUAAACAUGAUACGAAAAUUUGGUAGCAUUUUUUGGAGAUUAAUUUUCUUUAAAUUUCCAUAGAAAAUUUCGUCAAUCUUAAUACCUUCAAACAAAUGCCUUAUCAUAGAUUUAUUUUUAGCAUAUCAGAUUAAUGACUUUUAAAAAAAUCAAGAUAAGAUAAAAAAUCAAAAUUAUAUUUCGAAUGUUCUGAUUUGUUUGAUUCAGUCUAUUCGGAAAUUUCAAGUAAUUACAAUGAAAAUCGACGAAAACUUAGCAAAUAUCUCAGAAAUUUUAGAUAGGCGGAGGGGUUUACAAAGGAGCGAAUCAUUUUCGACAGUAACUAGUUCUAAAGCAGAAGCUUUUGUUAAGCAGCAAUAUGAAGAUUUAGCGAAAUUAGCCUCUUUAAGUGAUAGUGUAUUAGCUGUAGACUCAAAAAGUAGUGAAAAAUUACCAAAAAGAGAAGGUGUUCAUGUUGGUGACGUGAUUUAUGUCAAUUAUAUCAUUCCAAAUGAUGCAACAAAUUGUAGCAACUGUACAUUAAAUAAUAGUAAUCAACAGCUUGAACGUGACAAUGUUUCUGACUCAACACACUCAAUUUUUGACACAGAGAGCAAUAGACUUAUAAAGCAUAUCAGCAAUAGGAAAUUUAUGUGGAUUUGUAUUACGUGUAUUGUUAUCGCACUUGUUGUUAUUAUUGGCAGUCUUACAAUAUUUCUUACAUUAAUAAAUCCUUAUAGAGCUAUUAAUGGAUGUAUAGAUUGUGCUGAAAAUGUAGAUGCAACUACUGAGGAUAUUAGUAUAAACACUUUUGACACUACCUUACUACCUAUAUUAUUUCCUGAAUUACUAGUUACUCGUGAAAUGUGGAAUGCUAUUUCACCGAAAUCAUUAAAUAUUUCAAAACUUUUGGGGCCAAUUAAGAGGAUCAUUAUUGGUCAGACAUCAGGAAAUUCUUGCUUUGAAAAGUCUCACUGCACAGAUAUUGUGAAGAAGAUUCAAACAAAAGAUCCUAAUCUAGAUGAUAUUCCAUACAAUUUUCUAAUUGGUGGAGAUGGAUUGAUAUAUGAAGGACGUGGACUCAAUAAUGAAGGUCAACAUUCGAUGAACUUGGAUGGCACAGAUUAUAACAGUAUUGGAAUAUGUAUUGCAUUUAUUGGAGAUUAUCAAGUUAUUGCUCCUGAUUCGUCUCAACUUAAUUUGUUAAAAAUAUUCUUAGAAACAUUCAUUGAUCUUGAGAUUAUAGACCGAGAUUAUAUCAUUGUUUCUCAAGAUGAUUUAGUAUAUAAUACAGUGCAGGCUAAUGUACUCAAUUCAGCAUUAGAGACAUUUAAGAACUAUAGAUCAUUAUACAAAAUUCACAGAAGAAUUGAGUGGAGUGCGCAAAGGUAUAGAGGAACUCCAACAAAGUUUAAUCAAGUUAUUGACUCAGUCCUAAUAGGACAUACAGAAACAACAGAAUGCACAGAUUUGAAAUCGUGCAUUAUUAAAGUAAGGGCUAUGCAGUCUGAUGCAUUUAGUAGGAGUUUUGAUGAUACAUCGUACAACUUCUUUGUCGGAGCUGACGGAUUAGUGUUCGAAGGUAGAGGAUGGGACAAUGUUGGUGCUCAUACAAGGGAAUAUAAUCCAAAAACUAUUGGUAUCGCAGCCAUUGGUAACUUCAAUUCAAUCACACCGAACAAUAAGCUUUCAAAUUCAAUAUUAAGGAUUAUAGAAGAUGCACAAGUGCUAGGAAAAUUAUCAUCAAAUAUUAAAAUUUAUGGUCGAAGUGAUUUUGCUUAUUCAGGACCUGGCAAUGCUUUUAUGAAUGUCAUUAAAGAAUGGUGUCAAUAUGGAAACAGAACAAUGCCAUGCUGACUCGAAAUAAAAAAAUAUUCAUACUU